CUAGCGUUUUGUCUAUCUUCCAUCGUCGUCUUCCUUCAGCUCAUCUAUGGCGGAUCUUCAAUUAAGUUGGUAGCUUGUUGUUCUGCUUGAGCACGAUUAUCACAUAAUGUCUUUAGAUCAUAAGGUCAAGAAAAGGCUGAAGCUUUCAUCACUUAGCUCCAAUUCUUCUUAUAAAGGAAGGAGUAGAUCCACUACUCAACGCAGUGAUGAUGACACCACUAACUCUCGGGAGACUGGUAAGAAGACUACGGUGUCGUAUUUGAAGAAGAAGAAGACGGUCUACCCCAAUAACCAUGUGAACCAAACCCCACGCACGAUGUGGGCUGCACCAAAGAGAAACCAACGGUCUGCUUCGACCUCUAUUAACGACGAUGCUGCAACAAGUGUGUUUAAAACAAAGUCACCGAGUGGGGGAGAUGAUGAUGCUACUCGAAAGAGCCACAAAAAGAGAGAUGAAUUGGAUGGUAGACGAAGGAAAAGCUCGGAUGUGCCGAUGGCUGCUUUUAAGGCUAGGAAACAAGCGCUUUCAGAUAAGAGAGGAGUCGUGGGAGAUGGCUCAGAUAGUCAAGAGGAUAAACCAAGGAAGAGAAAGAGGAUACGAUUAGACCGCUAUGAUACCUCAAAUAAAAGAAUAGUUGAUGAUGAUGUCCUUCUUGAUGAUGUCCAUGGAUUAAAGAACAAGAAAGACGCAGUGAAAAGUGUAGAAAUGUCCAAAAAUGCUCAGUUUCGGGCAAUUCAGCCUAGUCAUUCCAUCCUUUCCUAUGUGGAAGAAAAUCUGUUGGGGCGUAGACGUUUAAUUGAGCUAAAGAGGGCCGGCUACAACACUGAGCUUCCUGCUCCCUUAGAUAAUAUUCCUCAGUCAACCAGCACUGAGAGAGAACGUAUAGAAGAAAGUGUAUUUAGGAAUAAGUUGGAAUUCUUUGCUGCUGCAAAUGUUUCAUCUUCAUUUCCACCGCCUGAUGUACCUGAGAUUGCAUUUGCAGGAAGGUCAAAUGUUGGCAAAUCGUCUCUGCUAAAUGCUCUUACCAGACAGUGGGGUGUUGUAAGAACAUCUGACAAACCGGGACUGACCCAGACCAUCAAUUUCUUCGAUCUUGGUUCCAAGGUUCGCCUUGUUGAUUUACCAGGAUACGGCUUUGCGUUUGCAAAAGACGAAGUUAAGGAAGCAUGGGAAGAUCUUGUAAAGGAAUAUGUUUCAACAAGAACUGGUCUUAAACGGGUGUGCCUCCUUGUUGACACAAAAUGGGGUAUGAAGCCAAGAGACCAGGAACUUAUUAAUCUGAUGGAGAGAUCGAAUACAAAGUAUCAGAUAGUCUUAACCAAGACGGAUGUGGUGUUUCCAAUGGAUGUGGCACGUCGGGCAAUGCAAAUCGAAGAGAAAUUGAAAGCAAACAGAUCAAUUGUCCAGCCUCUGAUGAUGGUGAGCUCAAGGUCAGGAGCAGGCAUAGGAAGUUUAAGAACUGCCCUUGCUAGAAUUGCUAAGUUUGCAAAGUUCUAGCCAUCUAGGUUCUCGAAAACAUGAAAACAAUUCCCAAAGCCAAUCAGAGACAGGGAAUCGAACGUUUGUAUGGCGAAAUAUGGGGGAAGAAUGAAAGAUUAUAUGUGUUGUGGAAGAAGAGGAAGGAGAAGUCAAAAUCAACAUGAGAUGGUGAAUGGUGUGAUGAUGAUGAUCCGACUAAGUUAGUGAAAACUGUCAACAAUCACUUGUGAUUUUUUAAUUUCUUUAUUAUCUUUUUGUUUCUCAAAGCCAUCGUUUAGAAGAAAAUGAGAGCAUAAAAUGGUUUUUCACGUUCA